GGGAGGAGGCGGCGCCGGCGCUCGGGCGUCCACCCUGGAGCAAGGGCCUGGGGGAGAAAACAGGCCAGCAGUUAGGCUUGCUCUCCGCCGACCGCGCCGUCUCUCCCGGGCUAGCCUCCCCCGGCCCCCCGCGCUCCCUGCGCUCCCGGCCGGGGGAGAGCGUGGUUUCCUGGCGGCCGUCGCUGUAGCCCGGCCCGGGAGCCCGGAGGAAGCGGGGGAGUCCCCGCCCACGGCCCCCUCCCCUCUGCCCGCCUGCCGCCGCCGCCGCCGCCUCCGAGCCGCUGCAGUCGGGCCUCCAGUCCGAGCGGGGGGCGCGGCGGCGGCGGCAACGGCUGGGGAGCGGCUGUGGGCUUGGCGGUGACUGCACCGCCGCCCCCGUGAGUUAUUCCCACGUUCCCCGGGGCUCGCUGCCGCCCCCGCCGGCGCCGAGAGUCCGGCCGGGGCCCAACUCCCUCACGGGCCCUCCGGCGGCAGCGGCGGCGGCGGCGGCGGAGCCCACCGCCGGGGCCCCGAUGAGUAACUCCAGGAAUAACCGGGUGAUGGUGGAAGGGGUCGGCGCCCGAGUAGUGCGCGGCCCGGACUGGAAGUGGGGGAAGCAGGACGGCGGCGAGGGCCAUGUGGGCACGGUCCGGAGCUUCGAGAGCCCCGAGGAGGUGGUGGUGGUGUGGGACAACGGCACCGCGGCCAACUACCGCUGCUCCGGGGCCUACGACCUGCGCAUCCUGGACAGCGCGCCCACCGGCAUCAAGCAUGAUGGAACCAUGUGUGAUACCUGCCGCCAGCAACCAAUCAUUGGCAUUCGAUGGAAAUGUGCGGAGUGUACAAAUUACGAUUUGUGCACAGUUUGUUAUCAUGGAGAUAAACAUCAUUUAAGGCAUCGCUUUUAUAGAAUUACUACACCAGGAAGUGAGAGGGUUCUGUUAGAGUCUCGUAGAAAAUCUAAGAAGAUUACAGCCAGAGGGAUCUUUGCAGGUGCCAGAGUGGUACGAGGAGUGGACUGGCAGUGGGAAGAUCAGGAUGGAGGAAAUGGACGUAGGGGAAAGGUAACAGAAAUCCAAGACUGGAGUGCAUCAAGCCCGCAUAGUGCAGCAUAUGUUCUCUGGGAUAAUGGUGCUAAGAACCUUUACAGAGUUGGCUUUGAGGGCAUGUCUGAUCUGAAGUGUGUCCAGGAUGCCAAAGGAGGUUCUUUCUACAGAGAUCAUUGUCCUGUGCUAGGUGAGCAGAAUGGCAAUAGGAACCCUGGUGGAUUGCAGAUUGGUGACCUGGUCAAUAUAGAUCUUGACCUAGAAAUUGUACAGUCUUUACAGCACGGUCAUGGAGGAUGGACUGAUGGCAUGUUUGAGACUUUAACUACAACUGGAACUGUUUGUGGCAUUGAUGAAGAUCAUGACAUAGUAGUACAGUAUCCAAGUGGCAAUAGGUGGACCUUCAAUCCUGCUGUUCUCACUAAAGCAAACAUUGUCCGAAGUGGGGAUGCUGCUCAGGGUGCAGAAGGAGGCACCUCACAGUUUCAAGUGGGGGAUCUUGUUCAAGUUUGUUAUGAUCUGGAAAGAAUUAAACUUCUACAAAGAGGACACGGAGAAUGGGCUGAAGCUAUGCUCCCAACUUUAGGUAAAGUUGGCCGAGUACAACAGAUUUAUUCAGACAGUGAUUUAAAGGUAGAAGUUUGUGGAACGUCUUGGACAUACAAUCCCGCAGCAGUUUCCAAGGUGGCAUCUGCAGGAUCAGCUAUAAGCAAUGCAUCUGGUGAAAGACUCUCCCAACUCUUGAAGAAAUUAUUUGAAACCCAAGAAUCUGGUGACCUCAAUGAAGAAUUAGUUAAGGCUGCUGCCAAUGGAGAUGUUGCUAAAGUGGAAGAUUUGCUAAAAAGACCAGAUGUGGAUGUAAAUGGACAGUGUGCUGGUCACACAGCUAUGCAAGCUGCUAGUCAGAAUGGACAUGUUGACAUUUUGAAGUUACUUUUGAAGCAAAAUGUGGAUGUAGAAGCAGAGGAUAAAGAUGGAGACAGAGCUGUUCACCAUGCAGCUUUUGGAGAUGAAGGUGCUGUUAUAGAAGUGCUGCACCGAGGGAGUGCUGACCUGAAUGCUCGAAACAAGCGCCGGCAGACGCCACUUCAUAUUGCUGUCAACAAAGGUCACCUUCAAGUGGUGAAGACUUUAUUGGACUUUGGCUGUCAUCCCAGUCUUCAGGAUUCUGAAGGUGACACCCCUCUUCAUGAUGCAAUAAGUAAGAAACGUGAUGAUAUCCUGGCAGUUCUUCUGGAAGCUGGAGCAGAUGUUACCAUUACAAAUAAUAAUGGAUUUAAUGCACUACACCAUGCUGCACUAAGAGGAAACCCCAGUGCAAUGCGUGUUUUACUAUCUAAAUUACCAAGACCAUGGAUUGUGGAUGAGAAGAAAGAUGAUGGUUAUACUGCUUUGCAUCUGGCUGCCCUUAAUAAUCAUGUAGAAGUGGCUGAACUGUUGGUACAUCAGGGUAACGCAAACCUGGAUAUCCAGAAUGUGAACCAGCAGACUGCCCUACACCUUGCUGUUGAGCGGCAGCACACCCAGAUUGUGAGGCUUUUGGUCCGUGCAGGUGCCAAAUUAGAUAUUCAGGAUAAGGAUGGGGAUACACCUUUGCAUGAAGCCCUGAGGCAUCACACUUUGUCUCAGCUGCGUCAGCUUCAGGACAUGCAGGAUGUGGGGAAGGUUGAUGCUGCCUGGGAGCCGUCCAAGAACACAUUAAUAAUGGGACUUGGUACCCAGGGAGCUGAGAAGAAGAGUGCAGCAUCUAUUGCCUGCUUCUUGGCUGCUAAUGGUGCUGACCUUAGCAUUCGAAAUAAGAAGGGUCAGUCACCACUUGAUCUCUGUCCUGAUCCAAGUCUCUGCAAAGCACUGGCAAAGUGUCAUAAAGAAAAAGUCAGUGGUCAGGUGGGUUCUCGAAGUCCAUCUAUGAUUAGUAAUGAUUCUGAAACCUUAGAAGAGUGUAUGGUGUGCUCAGAUAUGAAGAGAGAUACUCUUUUUGGCCCAUGUGGACAUAUUGCUACCUGUUCUUUAUGUUCUCCUCGAGUCAAGAAAUGCCUCAUCUGUAAAGAACAAGUUCAAUCCAGGACAAAGAUUGAAGAAUGUGUGGUAUGCUCUGACAAGAAAGCAGCUGUUCUUUUUCAGCCGUGUGGACACAUGUGUGCUUGUGAGAACUGUGCUAGCCUGAUGAAAAAGUGUGUGCAGUGUCGCGCAGUAGUUGAACGAAGAGUGCCCUUCAUCAUGUGUUGUGGAGGGAAGAGCUCAGAGGAUGCCACUGAUGACAUUUCAAGUGGAAAUAUUCCAGUGUUACAAAAGGAUAAGGAUAACACCAAUGUCAACGCAGACGUGCAGAAGCUGCAGCAACAAUUACAGGACAUUAAAGAGCAGACAAUGUGCCCUGUGUGUUUGGAUCGUCUGAAGAAUAUGAUUUUCCUAUGUGGCCACGGAACAUGCCAGCUCUGUGGAGACCGAAUGAGUGAAUGUCCUAUUUGUCGAAAGGCUAUUGAACGAAGAAUACUUUUGUAUUAACUAAAAAACUUGGUGUGUUUUGUUAGCUAAAGUAUUUGGUCAUGAGAUCUUAGUGAGCUUUUCAGCUAGUUGGAUGUUCCAAUGAAUUAAUUUUUAAUAUCAUAGUUUCUUUACUAGAGUGUAAUAAGACUGUAAAUGUACCAGAACAGCAACAAAAAACUCUAUGAAACAGUAUUUGAAGCUGUGUUUUUUGUUUUUUUUUCCCUUUCAGUUUGAAACAUCAAAUCCAUGUAAUUCAUAGAUAAUUUACCUUUGACUUCUGGGGGAAAAACUCCUUUAAGGAUCUCCUGUUAUUUUUUAUUUAUACUGAAUUUUCUCUUACAGCUUAUGUUAGUUAGCCCUCAAAAGAUUCACUUUCUUAUGAUCAUCCUUCAGUUUAUCAUGAUUUCACACAGUAAAUUGACAGAGAUACUCAAAAAAAUCAUGUAUCAAAUGAAAAGGGCAAGUCAAACCAUUAUGUCACAUAUAUUAAUGAUAAAAUGAUAGUACAUGUUCUGCAUGGUUUAGGGAAUACUGAAAAGAGGAUUCUUUUUUUAAGGUAACAUGAAGUAUCCAAAUGAUUGGUUCUGAAUUCUUAGAGUUAAUGGUAACAGAAUGAGAGAAUAAUGACUUUGCAUUUAACUUAUUUUCUGGAUUCAGAGGAAAAUUAUUUAACUUGAAUCUAAUUGCCAGUUUCAGAAUGACUGAUAGGCAUGAAAAGGAAAAAUAAGCAGUCAUAGUGGGGAACUGACAGGGAAGGGGGGGGAAUUAUCCAAUAAAAUAGUACCUAUUAACUGACCAUUACCAGUUGCUUUUCUUAAUUUAUACAGUGUUUUGUUCAGCCAGCUUUAAAAAAGAAAAAGUCUGUGAAAAAUGUGCCUCAGUUUCCCCUGUGGUUACUUAUCCAGACUUGAUCUGACCAGUGAAAUGAUACUGCCCUCUUUGGGCCUCUGAGGUUCCAUUUAGCUUUUCUAAUGUGCUAAGUAGUGGUGCCCAGGGACCUGAGGAGGGUCAUGCACUGUCCUCAGGCAGUGGUGGUCUGUCUGCAGUAUCUGUUCAUUUUGCCAGCAUUACUGAUUCUACUUUCAUCAUAGGCGUCACUCCCAUUAUCUCUCAGAUACUAUCUCUCAGAUUCUUACUAUGAAGAAAACAGUCUCUCUUUAUACUUAAUGAUGAAGAUUAUUAUUUUAACUUCCAGCAAUAUCCAAGAUGUAGUAAAUAACUGUUGGUAAAUAAGUUUAGAAAGAAUGACUAGGACAUUUACAGAAAUAUGUCUGCUUACCUGUGUUUUUUUUUUUUUUUUUUUAACUCAAUCUUUGACUCUAGGACAUCUGAUGAUUUUUUUUCCUCCUUUGAAUGAGUAAUCUUUCAGCAUCUAGGAUGAAUAUACACAUAAAUAAGUGUUUUAGGGUUCAUAACUUCCAGGUUAUAGAAGUAUCAGCUGUUUACAAUAGUAUCUAUUACAUACUAUCUAAGUUUACUCCUAAGAAUAGUUACCUUUUCUCUUACCCACUUCAUUUUUGGCUGCCCUACAGCAAAUGAAACUCCUGGGCCAGAGAUCAGAUCCAAGCCGCAGUCAUGACCUAAGCCUCAGCCGUGGCAAUGCGGGAUCCUUAACCCACUGGGCUGGGCUGGGGAUAGAACCUGCGUCCCAGUGUUCCCAAGAUGCCUCCGAUCCUGUUGUGCCACAGUGGGAGCUCCAGGGUGGUUAUCUUUUUUUGUAGUUUUUCCCCUCUCCUUUGAAUCUGGUUCUUACUUCAGUUUUUCUGCUCCAAGAACUAAAUUUGAAAGUACAAAGUUUCUAGCUCUCAAAACAUUAUUUUUCUAGCUAUUUAAUGGCAGCUGGCUUUGCAAGUCCUAGUGAAAACAAUGGUGUGCUUUGGUGGUUGACUGUAUAAUCUCAGUAAUUCCAUAUUUGUGCUUAGCUGAUUAACUUAAAAGUUUUCACAAAUUUUAAAUUUGAAAAUUUGUAUCGACUCUACUCAGUUAUGUAAUAAGGGGCCACUGGGGCUGUUUUUUUAAGCCAUAUUUUAAAGUUAUAAAAAGAUGGAACAUCUGUCUGAUGAUGUUGACAUAAAGGAACAGACGAUUUUCUUUCAUAUUUGAAAACAGUGUAAGUCAGGAUUUUCCUUUUCUUCCUGUGCCAUAGGCUGCCCAUCUCUUCUCCGCUAGAUCAGCUUGUGAAGAGCGAGCCUCUGGCUGCUUCAUGCAUAGUUUGGCCAACCAGAGUAUUGUAUGGUCAAGAGUUCUGCCUCACUCAGACCCUUGUUGUUUGUCUUCUGUGCUGCAGUGCUUAAAGUUGUAUCCCUAAAAGGCAAUUUCAUCUUCCAGACUAGUGUAUUCCCUCCGUAUAGGAGUUCCCGUCAUGGCUCAGCAGAAAAGAAUCUGACUGUUACCCAUGCGGAUGCAGGUUCAAUCCCUGGCCUUACUCAGUGGGUUAAGGAUCCGGCGUUGCUGUGGUUGUGGUGUAGGCUGGCAGCUGCAGCUCAGAUUCAACCCUUAGCCUGGGAACUUCCAUAUGCCGCAGGUGUGGCCCUAAAAAAAUAAAAAAUAAAAGAAUUAAUAACAUAGACUAUUGCAGAAGUCAAAGUCACUAUAAAUGUAGUGCUGUGUGCUUGUGGAUUGCCUUUGUUUGUACCACUUUGAAAUUUGUUUAAGUGAAUAGAAAAUGAUUCUCUGUUGAUGUUUUCAAGCCCUUGAAAAAUUAUUUUAAAUUUUUUUGGCAGGUUUGUGAGAGAAUAAGAUUAAGAACUUGUUUAAACAACAACAACAACAACAAAAAGACAAAAGACAAAAAAAAAAAAAAAAAAAGAACUUGUUUAAGUGAAUUUCCUCUAACUGAAACUGCUACCUCUUAUUAUAUGUCUCAGCAGUGCUUUCCCAAUUAGGAUGUUUCCUUGUCAUUAUCAUCUCUUUAUCUUGUGCCUCAAAAGAGUUUUUGCUUUUCCUAGAAUUACUUAAAAAUUACAUUCAUUCAUAGAAAAAAAAAACAUUUAUUGAGCGUGGGAGGCUAGAUACACAACAUUGAAAAAAUUGUCAGGGUUUUGGCACGUGCAGAAUUUAUCAUGCAACCAUUGGAUAUUUGAAGUGAUCCCUUCAAAAAGAAGGCAUCUAAAGAUCCUGAUAACAUAUCUUCCUAAUACUUGGAGGAAUUGUCAUUGAUAGUAUUCAGAGUCCCUCUCUGUACCCCCUGACUCCUACCACAUUUUCUCUUUUUUAUUCUUCUAACUAACGUUGUCAGCUUUGUUACCCAGAACAUACAUACAACCUACCAGAUGGUGCUAUUCUAGUAGUUUUUCUUCACAUACUUUAACAUUCUUACUGCUUAUACUAUAUACUUAGAUAUUUAAUUUUGUUGGGAGCAAGAAAGUUUUCCAAGAGAAGAUCAUUUUGUAUUAGUAUAGGAAUAUUAUAUUACACAUGUGUUUUAGUUUAGCUGGCCAAAUUAUGCUUGGUUGUUUGUAAUUUUAAACAUUGCAAAUUGGCCGUCUAGCUACUGAGGCAUAAAGUUAAUUGAUAAUGUUGAAAAUAACUUUCUUAAAUUUAUAACUUUGAUGGCUUCAGCCUAUGAGAGCAUUUUAACAUAUUGCAAUGCAUGCUGCUUAAGGUUUAGGUCCAAUUCAAAUUUAAAAGCUUGCUGGGUCAUUUUUACAUAGUAGAAAUAGACUCUCUAGUUAUGUGUUGCCCAAUUACUGUUAUUUAUUAUGAAUUUGGGGCCCUUUUGGACAAGAAAUUAUUUAAACUUAUGAACUAGGAGAAUUGGUGAUGAGAUUGCACAGGGAGGACAGUAGGGAUUGCAGAAUAAAAAUCAGGUUUUGAGUUUAGAGAAGAGGUCAUGUCUAUUUUAUUAAUGUGGUAAAUGUAGAGAGUAGACUUAAUUGGAUAAAGGGUCUUUCAGCCAGUUUUUAGUGUAGUUUAAUUGACAAUUGCUUUGGAAAUUAUGGACUUUAAUAAGUCUAUAAUUAGACUUGCUUAUAGCUUGCUUAAAAACAAAAUCCAAAAAGAAAAGCACUUAUCUUCUCAGAGCAUCUAAAAUAUUUUAUAGGAAUAAUUUCUGUAAAAAUUGAAUUUUGGAAUAGAAUAUUUUGCAUUUUUUUAUUGUGGUAAAAACACAUAACAUGAAAUUUACCAUCUUAACCAGUUUUAAGUGUACAGUUGAUGAUGUAAGUCUAUUCACAUUGUUGUGAAACAUCUCUAGAACUUUCUCAUCCUUGAAAACUUGAAACUCUAUACCUGUUAAGCAACAAUCCCCCUCUUUCUCUUCUGCCGGGAGGAAUAGAAUUUUGAUUAAAUGUAAAACAAGAAACACCUGAAUAUCUCCAGUGUUUGUGUUGCAAGAUCUGAAGUUAUGGUAAACAUCAAGUUCCUAAAAUUUGAAGGAGAUAGAAUUUCUUCCCUCCCUCCCAGUUAUCUUCAGUCAUAAUUGAGUGGAUUUCAAAUAUCUAUUGAUUAGAAGAGCUUGUUAUUUCAUUUUGAGCCAGAGGGAAGAAACAUGUUUUUAACAUUAGAAUUAGGUUAACUCUGAAUUUGUACUAAAUUGGAAAAGUAGCAGAUCUUCACAAAUUAUGUGUGCCUUGUUGAAAAUGUUACUUGUCUUUAAGUCUGCUUGUAACUGUUUCAAAUAUUUUUUUUCUCUCAAAAAGUGACCUAUUUUAUUUGCUUGAAUAUUAUGAUAGGAAUGCUUACUGAUAAUUACUUGAUAAUCGUAUAUAGCCUUGGAACUUUAACAUUUAUAUAAAGCUAUACAGUAUUAAUAAUUAUAGCUGUACUUCUUUAAAACAUUAAAUUUGAGGAAAAACUAUUUAAUACUGUGUCAUGUGUACAUUGCUUUGCUACAGUGAGAGGGAAAAUUUUUUAGAUUGAGCCUCAAUUUGCUGAUAAAUGGUCAGUAGUUGGUGAAACUAGAGUAUGAAAAUAUAAACUAGAUAGUAGAACUGAUGAAUGAAAAAUUGUAAGUUGCUACAUCAGCAUUUUCUAUCUCCCUCCUUUUCUGUCAGAGUAUUACUUUUCCAGCAUGCGUUCAUAUUUGUGAGCUAAGAAGGAGAUGGGAAUCUGAGGUUGAAGUUGUGAUUAUCUUGUUGAGGAAGCUAGUAUUACAAGAAAGGUGACUUCCCACAUCAAUUUGGUGCCUAAAUCUGUAACUACAAGUUACAAUGAUGCUUACAAAAUGUAUAAGAAAGAUAAUAUUGCUGAAUAUUUUACUUUUUUUGUGAAGUCUACUUAAUUCUGUUUCAUAAACAUGACUUCUUCCCAAAAGCAAAAUGGUGUUGUGAUUUUCUGUAAAAUAAAUGUGCCAUUUUGUCUGAAAUCUGUAAUUUCAGGAAGCUAUUGAAAGUUCUGACUCAGGGCUUUUUAAGAGUUUAAGCAAUUGUUAAUUAUAUUUUGGAAAAUUCAUCUACAUAAUUCUUCAGUGCCUUGAAAGAAUUAUAAACUUGGCAACACUACUAAAACUUUACAGAAGGUGGUCUUUAGUGUGUGUUUAUCAUUACACACACAUUCAUAAGUUGUGUUACUUGUGUUGUAAUAAUGAUACUGCUUGUGUGCUGGGUUUGGGUAAUUCUUUCUUUAAAGGAAGUUUCCUUAGAUUUGCACUUGAAAUUUGUUUUUUUUUUUUUUUUUUUUUAAAUGGGUUAUUUAUGGCCAUGACACUGUUACCAGGAAAGUACUUGUUAAGUCAUUAUGAAAAGUCAUGUAUAAGUAGCAUCUGGAAAGAGGAGCUAGAGUUCAUACAGUUUACUAUUUUAGUAUAAAAGGAGAAUCUGUUUGGUAAACACAGAUUGUCUUCCUCUCAAAUGAAAAAAAAAAAAAAAAAGAAGAAGAAGACCUUUUGUUCAAGUGAUUUGGUUAAUG